GGAGAGGAUGACACAGCAUCAAUUGAUGAGAGACUGUCAAAUUACAGCGCGUCGCUGACUUCAAGUGUCGUCGACUAUCCUGUUGAAUAUGGCCGUCGGUAUCAUGCGUUUCGCCCAGGGACAUAUGCAUUCCCCAAUGAUGAUUAUGAAAUGGAUCGACUUGAUCUAGCUCAUGCCAUGAUUGUUAAAACUAUUGGCAAUAGACUUUAUCUUGCGCCGCUGCAAAAGGAGAGGAUUCACAAGAUGCUCGACAUCGGCACAGGCACGGGGAUUUGGGCGGUGGAGAUGGGUGAUAUUUUCCAGAACGCAGAGGUCACUGGAAAUGACCUGAGUCCGAUUCAGCCUGAAUGGGUUCCCCCGAACGUGAAGUUUGAGGUAGACGACGUGGAAAGUGACUGGGUUGCAAGCAGAAAGUACGACUUUAUUAUGUGUCGGUAUAUGGCUGCUUCCAUUGCCGAUUGGCCCAAGUUAGUAAAGAAUAUCUACGACCACUUAAAUCCCGGAGGCUUCGCCGAAUUCCAAGAGAUGGACACCGAGUUCUACUCAGAUGACAGCACAUACACUACCGCACAUGCUACGUGGGCCUGGAAUCAGGCAUUCGCCAACGCCUGCAGAAGCAUGGGCCGCGAUCCCUCUCCGGCGGCCAAGAUUGAAGGCAUGGUGAAGGAGGUAGGUUUCAAUGGUGUCUACGCCCGGCAGUUCAAGUGUCCUAUAGGCCCCUGGCCGAGGGACCCGUACUACAAAGAUCUGGGGAUGAUGAAUCUGGCGAUCACGUUGGAGGGACUGGAAGCGUUCACUCUCAAACUGUUUUGCGAUGUCUUGGGAAGAUCGCGGGUUGAGGUCGAGGUUGAGUUAGCGGCUGUGAGGAAAGAGCUGAAACAGGGGGGUAUACAUUUGUUGUUCGACAUGUUUGUCGUAUACGGUCAAAAGCCGGGUUAUGUUCACUAG